GGACCAGCUAGGACAGGUGGAGGGGGCUCUGGGACAGGGAGGUGCUCCCACUUCAGCAAGUGGGGAGGAAACUGGCAGAUACCGCUUCUCCUUCCUCUCCAAGACCUGGGGAUGAGGCUGACCUAGGUGCUCCCCUGGAGGGAUCCCCCAGGGAGGAACCUGACUCCUGGAAGCCCACUUAGGGAGUCCCAGCUCUCCUGCCUGGAAGAGGGGACUCCCUUUGGGGCUGGCUCUCUCCUCCUCAUCCUCCUCUCUCUGCCCCUCCUCCAUCCUUCCCUCAUGCUCCUUCACCCUGUCCUCCUCCAUCCAUCUCCCUUUUCCUGUCUCCCCUGUUCUUCUGGUCCCCCCACCUUAGUCUUACACAUCCUGCUUGUCCUUUUCCCUAGCUUUGCCCUCCUGGCUCUGUCUUUAGGACCCUUCUCCUGGUCCAAGACCUCUGGCCCUCGCCUGCCAUUCCAUCUCCUGGUCUCCAGGCCUGCCAGGUCCCCAUCACUGCCCAGGCCCUGACUCUUCUUCUGCCCCCUCUCUCCUUCCCCAGUGCCCGUGCUCCCGGUCACCUGCCCUCAGGAGCCCUCCUCCCUCUGUUGAGCUCUCAGCUCUGACUCCGCCUCUGCCCCUCCCCCUGCCUGCCCCGCUCACCUUUAAUUGAGAUGCUAAUGAGACUUCUGUCACUUCCAUCCCCUGCCGGCCGGCGGGCGGGCUCCGCCACUGCACCUGUCAGCAAACCAAGGCCUCAUGAAGGGGGACAAGCGUAAGGAGCCGGGGCCAGACCCCGAGCCCGCGGCCCCCCAGCAGCCCACGGAGGAGGAGGAGGCCCUGAUCGAGUUCCACCGCUCCUACCGAGAGCUCUUCGAGUUCUUCUGCAACAACACCACCAUCCACGGCGCCAUCCGCCUGGUGUGCUCCCAGCACAACCGCAUGAAGACGGCCUUCUGGGCCGUGCUCUGGCUCUGCACCUUCGGCAUGAUGUACUGGCAGUUCGGCCUGCUGUUCCAAGAGUACUUCAGCUACCCUGUCAGCCUCAACAUCAACCUCAACUCCGACAAGCUCGUCUUCCCCGCCGUCUCCAUCUGCACCCUCAACCCCUACAGGUACACGGAAAUUAAAGAGGAACUGGAGGAGCUGGACCGCAUCACAGAGCAGACGCUCUUCGACCUGUACAAGUUCAACUCCUCCAACACCCUCGUGGCCCCCGCCCGCGGACGCCGCGACCUGCGCGAGGCCCUGCCCCACCCCCUGCAGCGCCUGCCGGUUUCGGCUCCGCCCCACGCGGCCCGCAGCGCCCGCAGCGCCACCUCCAGUGUGCGGGACAACAACCCCAAGGUGAACAGGAAGGACUGGAAGAUCGGCUUCCAACUGUGCAACCAGAACAAAUCGGACUGCUUCUACCAGACGUACUCGUCAGGGGUGGAUGCAGUGAGGGAGUGGUAUCGCUUCCACUACAUCAACAUUCUGGCCAGAAGGCAGGACACCUCUCCCUCGCUGGAGGAGGACGCUCUGGGCAAAUUCAUCUUCGCCUGCCGCUUCAACCAGGUCUCCUGCAAUGAGGCGAAUUACUCUCAUUUCCACCACCCGAUAUAUGGAAACUGCUACACUUUCAAUGACAAAAACAGCUCCAACCUCUGGAUGUCCUCCAUGCCUGGGGUCAACCAUGGUCUGUCCCUGACACUGCGCACAGAGCAGAAUGACUUCAUCCCACUGGUGUCCACAGUGACCGGGGCCAGGGUGAUGGUGCACGGGCAGAACGAGCCUGCCUUCAUGGAUGAUGGCGGCUUCAACCUGCGGCCCGGGGUGGAGACCUCCAUCAGCAUGAGUAAGGAAGCUGUGGACAGACUUGGGGACAACUAUGGCGACUGUACCGAGAAUGGCAGUGAGAUCCCCGUGGAGAACCUUUACCUCACCAAGUACACGCAGCAGGUGUGCAUCCAUUCCUGCUUCCAGGAGAGCAUGAUCAGGGAGUGUGGCUGUGCCUACAUCUUCUACCCGCGGCCCCAUAAUGUGGAUUUCUGUGACUACCGGAAACAUGAUUCCUGGGGCUACUGCUACUAUAAGCUCCAGGAUGCCUUCUCCUCAGACCGCCUAGGAUGUUUCACCAAGUGCCGGAAGCCAUGCAGUGUGACCAUGUACAAGCUCUCUGCUGGUUACUCACGAUGGCCCUCAGUGACAUCCCAGGACUGGGUCUUCGAGAUGCUAUCCCGACAGAACAAUUACACCAUCAAGGACAAAAGAAAUGGGGUUGCCAAACUCAACAUCUUCUUCAAGGAACUGAACUACAAAACCAACUCUGAGUCUCCGUCUGUCACGAUGGUCACCCUCCUGUCCAACCUGGGCGGCCAGUGGAGCCUGUGGUUUGGCUCCUCCGUGCUGUCUGUGGUGGAGAUGGCCGAGCUCGUCUUCGACCUUCUGGCCAUCACCUUCCUCAUGCUGAUCCGGAGGGUCCGCAGUCGAUACUGGUCCCCAGGCCGAGAGGGCAGGGCUGGCCAGGAGGUGGCCUCUGCGUCAGCCUCCCCUCUCCCCUCCCAUUUCUGCCCCCACCCCGCAUCCCCCUCCUCGUCCCUGCCAGGCCCUGCCCCUGCCCCAGCCUUGGCAGCCCCUCCACCUGCCUAUGCCACCCUGGGCCCCCCUUCGUCCCCAUCCCCGUCAGGCUCGGCAGCAGCCAGCAACCCCGCCUACACUCCUGAGGAGGCCUGAGAGGAAGGGGCAGUGUCUGCCCCUCAGGGCAGGCACUUCCCUCAGCAGGACUGAAGAAUGUCUGGGGCUUCCUCUCAGAGCUGCCCAGCGCCUUCUGGGAGCCCUGUUGUUGGGGGAGGGGGCAGGAUGGAGAAGGAACUCUGGAAAGGUCCAGAGAGCAGGGGCUGAGGAAGCUGCCCAGCAGCGCCCUGGCUCCUGCCGCGUAUGCCCAGCCCUGCCUUGAGAAACUCUGGUGUGCCCACCAGGCACAGACGAGGCUUCUUUUCCCUUGAAUCAGCCAAGCCGAGCUUGGAGCUUUGACAAAGAACUUUCCUAGGAAACAAAUGACCACCAGAACAAAACACAAACAAGGGCACACAGAAGCAGGUUUGGUUUCCUCCCCAAAGAUAGCUGGAUUCAGCCCCAGAGUGGCCUUCCAUGCUGCUUUCCAGUGACAAAGACGUUUGCUCCUCUUCUUGAACUUGGGUGGGAAGCCCCACCAAAAGCUCCCUUGGUUAGUUCUUAGACAAUUCCCCUUCCCUGACUCCCCAGGGUGGAGUCUGGAGCAGCUCUGUGUCGUAAAGACUUGACCAUUCCCAGUCGGCUUCAGGAUUCUUCCAGCCUCAUCUACCAGGUGCCCCCACGGAGCCACACCCCAGCAUCUCUGCCCUGCAUCCUGUCCUUUGUAACUCUGCUUAUUUGCUCAAACUAUUUCCUUAGCCUGGAAGCUUCCCCCGCCAUCUACUGGAGAACUCUGUGUCCCUUAGAACCCUGCUCAGACAUCAAGACUUCUGUCAAGGCUUCUGCCCCAUCUUGUCUUCCCCAGGAUUGAUCACUCCCCUCUCCCCUGGACUCCCGUGGCACACCAUAACAUCUUUGGAAAUGCUGAUGUCACGUUUUACUUUCUUGUUCCUUUAUGUCUUCCUCCCCAGCUAGACUGUGAGCUCGUUGUGGUCAGAAAUGGACCUUUGGUCAUCUGUGUAUCCUCAGGGCCUAGUCCAGUGUUCCAUUUAGAGCAAGUAGGCAGGUACUUAAUAAAUGUUGUUGCAUAAAGAACUCAAUAAA